AUGCCACGCCGUCGUCCUCCCCGCCCCGGCGCCCUAGCAGACCUCGCGCCCCUACGCAUCUUGACCCAGAUCGCUUUUCUCCAACUAAUCUACUACGUUGUUGCCUGUGUCCUUAUCACUUUCAUCACCUUCGUCGCCGGCCAGCAGCCGAGUCUGGAUCGCAUCUUCAACUGGCAUGAGUUGAGAGGGGAUGUGACGACGGGCUGGACCUUGGGAUUGUGUUGGGUGCUUGAUGCGCUUGUCUGUGUAAUACCCAUUCUCCUCCUCAUCGCGCGAUCGAAGCUAGUCCCAGAUUUUGCCUUGACUAUUCACUUCGUCAACCUCCUUACCACAUCAGUAUACACCCGCUCAAUACCCACAUCGAUCUACUGGUGGCUAGUGCAGCUCUGUUCUGCGGCCCUGAUGACGAGCGUGGGCAUUUGGGCUUGUCAGUGGAGGGAGCUCCAGCCGAUGGCAUUUGGCGGGAAGAGCAGCAAGGGAAAGCAAAGGGCAGAGGCAGCAAAUGGGCAUGCUGUAGGUCCUGCUGAGGUCGCGGAUGAAGAGGCCGGUUAUGAGAUGGGCGGAGGAAGGGGCGGUGGUAGAGAUGGAGCGGGGACUUAUGAGAUGGUUGGGAUGGCGCCAAGAGGGACUGGCUGA